UUUAAAAGAGCAACUUUUCAGUUCUAGAACUCAGUCGGGUUUUAAUUUUCGUGCUGUAAACUUGAAACUCACGAUGAAGUUAAUUUUACUUUUGGCUUGUGCCUUUGUUGCUGUUAAUGGACAGUGGAAUACUCAUUGGUGGUCUGGAAGAUCUGGCAUAGUUCAUCUCUUUGAAUGGAAAUGGGCUGAUAUUGCCACUGAAUGUGAGACAUUCUUAGCUCCCAAUGGAUAUGCUGGCGUUCAAGUAUCACCACCAAAUGAAAAUCUAGUCAUUUCUGGACGUCCUUGGUGGGAAAGAUAUCAACCAGCAAGUUAUAUUUUGACAACAAGAUCAGGCAACCGAGCUGCUUUCACUGACAUGGUCCGCAGAUGUAAUGCUGUUGGUAUCAGAAUCUAUGUUGAUGCAGUCAUUAAUCAUAUGGCUGCUGGAAACGGUGUUGGAACUGGAGGAUCAAGUGUAAGUGCAUCAUCGCUUAGCUUCCCAGCUGUUCCUUUUGGAUCUGGUGAUUUCAAUCCAUCAUGUGCCAUCAACAACUACAAUGACCCAAAUCAAGUGAGAAACUGUUGGUUGGUCGGUUUACCAGACUUAAGAUUGAGUACUGAAUAUGUCAGAGGCAAAAUUGUAGCUUAUAUGAAUGACUUAAUCAGCCUCGGCGUCGCAGGAUUUCGUGUUGAUGCAGUCAAACAUAUGUGGCCCGCAGAUAUCCAAAACAUCUUUGGACGUCUCAACAACUUGAACACAGCCCAUGGUUUUGCUGCCAACUCCCGUCCAUUUAUAACACAAGAAGUUAUUGACCUUGGUGGUGAGGGUAUUACUAAAGAUGAAUAUUUACAUCUUGGAUCAGUUACAGAAUUCAGAUAUAGUGCUGAAAUUGGACGCGUCUUCCGUGGAUAUGACUUGUUGAAAUAUCUAAGAAACUUCGGUGAAGGCUGGGGCUUUAUGGCAUCAGCCAGUGCUUUAACAUUCGUUGACAACCACGAUAACCAAAGAGGACAUGGAGCUGGAGGUGACAAUGUCUUAACCUACAAGGUCCCAAAACAAUACAAAAUGGCAACAGCUUUCCAUUUGGCAUGGCCAUACGGUAUUCCACGUAUCAUGAGUUCCUUUGAAUUCAGCGAUGGUGACCAAGGUCCACCAGCCAAUGCUGACGGCAGUUUAAGAUCACCAACAAUCAAUGCUGAUGGAUCAUGCAGCGGUGGAUGGGCUUGCGAACAUAGAUGGCGUCAAAUCUUUAAUAUGAUUAAAUUCAGAAAUGCAGCUGGAACCGCAGCAGUAGCAAAUUGGUGGGAGAACAGCGGUGGCAAGCAAAUUGCAUUUUCUCGUGGAAAUCGUGCCUUUAUUGUCUUCAAUAAUGAGAACUUUGACCUCAAUCAAUCACUCCAAACUGGAAUGGCUGCUGGAACUUACUGCAAUAUUGCUGCAGGAAGUAAAUCAGGAAGUAGUUGUACUGGAAGUACAAUCACAGUCAAUGCCAGUGGUGUUGCUUCAUUCAGUAUUACAGCUGGUGCAACUGAUGGAUUUAUUGCUAUUCAUGUUGAUGCUAAAUUGUAGAAUGGAUGAAAACUUAACAGAUUUUGAAAAGUUUUAAAUAAAAAAAUUGACAUUUAAAGAUUAGU